CCCUGUCGUCGAUCAAACAUUAGUACGAAACGGUUGCCUAGGCAGCCUAGGUAACGAAAAUUUCUACAUGAUGUAAACAAAACCAUUUUGCAGUAAUCUGACAGUCUACAAUUAACCAAUUUUGUCAUAAAUAAACGUAUAAAAUGACAUCUUUAGAUCUGAGGCAGCAGAAACUCGAACAACAGAGACAAAUAAUAGCACAGAAAAUGAAACAAAAGCGGCAAAGUGGUGCGGGUGGAAUGGUGCAGGCAUCUAAUAUUUCCAGUACGACAUAUAAUAGCCACUCAACAAAGUGGUUAAAUCCAAACAGAGAGCUUCAUGGGUAUGACGGACCAAUGCAGUUUACAAUGUCACCCGGAAACCCUGACAUAGGUGUAUUACAAGAAAAUAGAGGAAUUGAAUCCGAAGUGACAGAUAUAAAACCGGAAAGUGGAUUUUAUGAUGGUACUGAACGUGGUGACGGGGCAGAUGAAGAAUCAUCACCAGUGGAUUUGAGAUCUCCAUCUGAUGUGCUUCACAGCCAAUCACCUCUGAGAGUAGCUCCUGUAGAUGGGCCCAUAACAGUUAUUAAUAGUGACAAUCAUUCUUCGAGUCCUGAGCUGGAAGGAAAUGUUGAAGGCAAUAUUGAGCAAUUCGUGUUGCAACCAGCUAAUAAAAAAAUGCAUUAUAAGUGUAGGAUAACACGUGAUAGAAAAGGAAUGGAUCGUGGUUUAUAUCCAACUUACUUUCUGCAUCUGGAACGAGACUAUGGAAAAAAGGUUUUUCUAUUAGCUGGGCGAAAGCGCAAGAAGAGUGCAACCAGCAAUUAUUUAAUUUCUUCUGAUCCCACUGAUCUUUCAAGAGGAGCUGAAUCUUAUGUUGGAAAAUUGAGAUCUAAUCUUUUGGGAACACAAUUUACUGUGUUUGACAAUGGGUAUUCACUGAUGAAGAGUGAAAAACGAGAAGAGCGUACUAACCCCCGGCAAGAACUGGCUGCAGUGGUUUACGACACCAAUGUCUUAGGGUUCAAAGGGCCUCGAAAAAUGACUGUUAUCAUACCAGGGAUGACAUCGGACCAACAAAGAGUACAGAUUUGUCCACGAGAGGAUUGUGAAACCUUACUUGAGUGCUGGAAAAUGAAAAACAUGGAUAACUUGAUAGAGUUACAUAACAAAACUCCUGCAUGGAAUGAUGAUACACAAUCUUACGUACUCAAUUUCCAUGGUCGUGUUACACAGGCUUCAGUGAAAAAUUUCCAAGUUGUCCACGAUAGUGAUGUGGACUACGUUGUGAUGCAAUUUGGACGUGUGGCAGAGGAUCUUUUUACAAUGGAUUAUCGUUUUCCACUCUGCGCACUUCAAGCAUUUGCAAUUGCGUUAAGUAGUUUUGAUAGCAAAUUAGCUUGCGAGUAAAUUACUUUCAAAUUAGGAUGUUGGGAAGUGUCGAUUGCAAUAAAACUUGCUCAUAUUUAAUUAAAAGGCUAGGUAAAGGACAAUCAAUUUAAAAAAUCAAUGGUUUAUGGACUAAGAAUAGUAUUGAAGAUAUCAAGUCUCGUGAAACCUAAAAGCAACAAUAAUAACUAUAAUUCUAACUAUGUGUUCACAUUCCGAUAGAUAUAAUAUUUGCUUAACACUUUACCAACUGGUAGCGGUUAAGCAUUUCUCACGGGCCGCUUGGUCGCAGAUCUUUCCUGGCACCAGCUCUGUUUCAAAAUUGGGAAUAAAAUCAGGAAGUUUGCAGAAAAAACCAACUAAUAACGAAUGACAAAUGCUGGCUGAUUGCCAUAGCAAAAGAUUGAUUGGUUACCCAUCGGUAAAGUGUUAACUUUAAUUCAUAUCAUUUGUAUAAAAAUAAUUGAAAAUUCUAUAGAUUGCAAAUAAUGUGUCCGAGGUGCACAAGCAUCAGGUUCAUACGAUAUCAUUCCAUAAUUCCCCGUCAUCUCAUCUCAGUAUUAUGAUAGAUUUAUCAGAUAAGUUUCUCAGUAUAUGAUCGCCCAGUGUCUAGACUAUGUUCAAAGGCGUAAAUGUGGUGUUAAUUCUCAGAUCACUACGGUGUGAAUUUCAAUAUAUUAUUAAUGCAAUCUCAAAUUGUAAGGCAUGCUUAAGGCUCGCCAAAUCUGGACUGUAAUCUAACGUCAUAUAUUUGAUCAAGCAUAUAUCUUGAAUGAUGUAUUCAGAUGAAAUUAAUGUUACAAUUUUGGGGUAACAUUCAUACAACAAUCUACCGUGAAACAUUAUCAAUAUAUAUAUGUGAUAGGUUAAAGAGGUGAAAAUAAUGUGGACUUUCUAGAAAUGAGAUAAUCAAAACAAGAGUUUUGCAUUAUGUUAUAAAUAAUUUACACUGCUUUUAUAUUCCGAGCAACAAAUUUUCACAAACGUUCCAAAUAUAAGGACCCAAUGUGUAUAUAUUUUUCAGUGCGUGUGGGUCUGUUCAACGAUCAAUGGUAUUUUUGUGACAGACUAUUAAUUACUACCACGUACUUACUGAAGUGUGUAUUAUAGAGAAGGAUAAGUUACUAAUUGUAUAGAAUUAAAAGUAAUUUUAACAUAGGAAAAAUGGUCUGAAUAAAAUUUAUCAAAAACUGCCCACAUAAUAGUUCAGCAAAUGACAAAGAUUUGUUUAAUUCGUGUUAAAAAUGUGUUACGAAACAUGGAUGAAACUAUGGUUAUCUCCAGAGCCAAGGCAGCGGAUCGCACUAGAUAUGAUGAUUUAUGAUAAUUAUCACAGGAUGAUUGUAAUAUGUUAGGCAUUGCAUAAUAAAUCGAUUCAUAUUUUGUCA